AUGUCAACUACGGACAACCAGUGGGAAUUGUGGAUGGCCCAAGAGGGCACUACAAGCUCUGGAAACGCACAGGGCCCCAACAUGGAUUCGGAACUGGCUUCGAUAGUUUCGUCACUUUCAGCGCUAUCAAACCUGUCAGCGCACCAACAGCACGGUCAACUGGGCAGUUUUCGGCGUGGCUCUUUCCACAGCAACCAUAGCAGUGACGUAGAGUCUGAAUCAUUUUUCCGUGGUCAACAAUCUCCCACUAUAAAGCGCACAACGCUUUCGGUGGGUGAUGUAUCGCUUGGGACUGGUCCUUCAGGUGUGAAAAAUCGACUAGCGAAACUGGGUAAUUACUCUGCCAGUCUCGCUGGUGGCACUUCGUCACAUCAGCAGCCUACACAAGGUGGGUUUUUUGAACGGUUUGGUCGCAGUCUGGCGGAAGGGACACGAGAAGUGGAAUCCAACUUGGGAGCCUCAUCGGGUAGAGCUUCACGCAGAGAGAGUUUCAACGCCAUGGAAUCGCUAUCGAGAGCAACAAGCAAUUCGACUUUCGCAGCACCAGCGGUUGAAGGAAGAAGACUAUCGGAUUCUUCGGAUGCACUUGAAUCACUCAGCGAAAAUCUUCAGGUAGAGUCUGAGCAACCAAAGCUUAACUACCGCAAUAUAUGGAAGGUUGCAGAAGCUCCUGUGUUCAGACCGCAGGGUCCAUCUGCUCCUGCCGGUGACUCCCAUUUCCAGCCGCCUACUAUGGAUAUGUUCGGCAAUCCGAUGGGCCACCCGAUGGGCAAUCCAAUGGGCAAUCCGAUAGGUACUCCGUAUGGCAUUACGCCGUACCCCAACUACUGGAAAAUGGCCAAUCCAAUGGGACCACCGGUUGUUCCAUCUCCAAAUGGUGAUGUUCCUAUGCCCGUUCCACCGGAAAACGAUAACAAAAAUUCACCAGCGGGGGCCCAAUACCCACCUUACAUGUUCCCAGGAAACUCGUACAUGUUUUUUCCUUCUGUAGUAGGUCCUCCGGCACCAGAAUCGUUUCCACCGUCACCAAACCCAGGGAAGCCAUCCUUGAAGACAGAUUUAACCAAAUCUCAGGGUAAUCCUUACCUUUACAAUAACAGAAACCACAAAGCUACUAAUGCAACUUCUGGCUCUCAGAGCUUCUCUCCCACUCCAAAUCCAUCAGCUAAUUCGCCGCACACAGGGUCUCGAGGCAAAACGAAAAACAACAUUAUCAGAUCUCCGCUGCUUGAAGAAUUCAGAAAUAGCUUUCCAGACAAGAAAUCUUACAAGCUACCAGAUAUCUAUGGCUCUGCGCUAGAAUUUUGCAAAGAUCAGCACGGUUCUAGGUUCAUACAACAAGAGCUUGCGAAGGCUACAGAUAUUGAGAAGGAAGUCAUCUUCAAUGAGAUUAGAGAUGAAGCUAUAACACUGGCGGACGACGUUUUUGGAAACUAUGUCAUUCAGAAGUACUUCGAGCAUGGGCUCAAAACUCAGAAAGACGUUCUGUUUGAAAAAUUCAAGGGCAAAAUGCAAAAACUUUCCUUACAGAUGUACGCUUGUCGCGUAAUCCAAAGAGCCUUAGAAUGCAUAGAAGAUGAUCAGAAAGUAGCACUAGUCAACGAGCUGUCCGGAUGCGUUCUGCAAAUGAUCAAAGAUCAGAACGGGAAUCAUGUCAUUCAAAAGGCUGUUGAGAGGAUCCCGAUGACUAAGUUGGCUUUUAUUCUGGAAAGCUUACAGGGGCAAAUUUAUCAUUUGUCAACGCACUCUUAUGGAUGUCGAGUUGUUCAGAGACUCCUGGAAUACGGUUCAGUAGAAGAUCAGGAUACAAUUUUGAAUGAUCUUGAUGCUUUCAUUCCUUUCCUGAUACAAGAUCAAUACGGCAACUACGUCAUUCAGCACAUAUUACAACAUGGCUCCGCAGAUCAAAGCACACAUAUCGGGAAAACAAAGCAGUCUAUUGCCGAUGCUGUUUCCAAAAAUGUCGUAGAGUACUCGAAACACAAAUUUGCCUCAAACGUUGUCGAGAAGACAAUGCUUUUUGGCUCCGACGCUCAAAAGAAGCAAUUUCUAGAGAAGGUGCUACCUAGAGACGAAGGGCACGCAACUCAUCUAGAAGAGAAUGCGCCUUUGAUACUCAUGAUGCGCGAUCAGUAUGCCAAUUAUGUGGUGCAGAAACUAGUGGGUGUAACCCAGGGCUCGGAUAAAAAGCUUGCCGUUAUGGCAAUUCGGGCCUACCUGGACACUCUCAACAAGGCCAACGCUCUGGGCAACCGCCAUCUUGCGUCUGUUGAGAAAUUGGCAUCAAUUAUUCAGAACGUGCAAGUGUAA